CAGACUUUCUCAGGUCUGCAGAUCUCAUUUAUUGCUCACUGUCAAUUCACAAUUAGCAGCAAUGACGACAUCCCAAAAGCAUAGAUCAUUCUGUUCUGAGCCAAUGGGGGACAAAUCUGUUUACGCACUUCCUGGAAUUGGUCCUGUGUUGGGUGGACGACUUGAAAAGAUUGGAAUAAGAACAGCAAAGGACGUCCUAGGUCGUUUUCUGAUCUUGGGGAUGGAUGAGUGGAAGUUUAAGAGCUGGCUUAGAGACUCGUGUGGAGCAAAUGCAAAGCAUCAAAGGGAUUGUUACAACUGUCUGAGGGAAUGGACAAAUAAUUUUUUGUAAAGGCGACAAAACUGGUUGCCUUU